GCUUUGUGCAACAGAGAGCCAAACCUAGCACAGCUGACUCGCUCGAGACAGGCAGAAAGAGCUUACAGCUGAACCAAAACAAAAAGAAAAAACUGAGAAGAUGAAGCUGACGUUGGCAGCCCUGGCACUUUGCGUGGCAUUCCAGAUGGAGGCAGCCGUCGGCUUCCUUGGUUUUGAAAGGAAAGGUAAGGAGAACAAGGUGCAGUACGCCUCCUGGGACGAGGUCAACGUGAUCGCCCACGGGCUGCUGCAGCUGGGCCAUGGACUCAAGGAGCACGUGGACAAGACCAAGGGCCAGAUUAAGGACAUCACUGCCAAGCUGAGCUCCUUCAACAGCACGGUGGCUGAGCUGGGCAGACAGACGCAGAGGCUGCAAGAGGAAGGGGAGGUCCUGAAGGCGAGAGCUCGGGGGCUGGAGGACAGGGAGAGCCUAGUUCUCAGCGUCUCGGCUGUGCUGAAGCAGAGAGCCGAGCAGAUGGAGAAGGAGGAGGGGAGCGUGCGCCAGCUCGAGGGGAAGGUAGACGAGCUCCUGCGGGCACAAAGUUCAGGGCUCAGCAGUGUCAGUGUGAGCAGCAGCAGCAGCAGUGACAUCCAUAUCGUCCAGAAACUCCUGGAGGCACAGGACAGACGAAUUGACGAGCUGGUGGAGAGAAUCAAACAACAGCAAGACAAGCUGGACAAGCAGAACGGACACAUCAGGAACCUCCAGAGUCAGCUGGAGCAACGCAAAGCUGCGAGCCCAAAGCUGAGGACCAUACUGAGACACAAAGUAGAAGAGACUCAGAACACCAGUGCGGAGCAAGCUGAUUCCAGUGAGCUCCCCGCUGACUGCCACAUGCUGUUUCUGAGAGGACAGAGGCUUAGUGGCGUCUAUAAAAUCCAGCCCCAGGCUUCACAGCCAUUCCAGGCCUACUGCGAAAUGACAGCAGAAGGCGGAUGGACAGUGAUCCAGAGGCGUCAGGACGGGGCUGUAGAUUUUGACCAGCUCUGGCAGGCGUACAAGAAUGGGUUCGGCACGCUCAAUGGAGAGUUCUGGCUGGGUUUGGAGCAGAUCCACGCCCUGUCAAAACAAGGGGGCUACGUUCUGCACGUGCAGCUGACUGACUGGAACGACCAAGUCCAGUCCCUCGAGUAUUCCUUCAGACUGGGAGGAGAGGAGAGCAGCUAUACCCUUCAUCUCCAGGAGGGGUCGCCAGGGAACCUGGAGAACGCUCUGAGCACAGGCUCCAGCGGGCUUCCUUUCUCGACCCGCGACCGAGACAGCGACCUCAAAUCAGACAUAAACUGCGCUAAGCAUCUCACAGGUGGCUGGUGGUUCAGUAGCUGCGGACGGGCCAACCUCAACGGGAAGUAUUUCAGCAGCGUUCCGCGCCAGAGACACGCGAGGAAGCAGGGCAUGUUCUGGAAGACCUGGAGAGGGCGCUACUAUCCACUGAAAUCUACCGUCAUGAAGCUUGCUCCCGUCGAGAUAGAGCACGACUCCUCGUAGAGAGAGGGGAAACGGCGCCAUCUGCUGGGCGCUUAUGGAACUGCACCGCUGAGUACAGACAUCAGCUCCCUGACUGAAGACGGUUUAGAGACUUGAAAACGCACAGCCUCAGAACCAAAGACUCUGAAGACAGAGGGGAGGGGGUCAGGGCUGUUUCGUGGCUAGCUUGGAAACAGAGACCAAAUAAAAGUGAGCUUUCUCUUAACGUGGCAUCCCGAUUCUGAAAGGAAAGAGACACGGACGAGCUGUUUUUUUUUUUUAUUAUUUGUCUUUUUGUUUUUUUACAUGCAAUUGUUACACUGUGUCAAUGCUAGUUCACGGCCUGUCAGCUAAAACGACAUGCAUCGGCCGUCAAUUCGUUACAUUUGCAUAACAUUAAGGCCAGUUUACGACUGUUGCAUGGAUUUCCCACAGAUAUUGAUACUGUUACACAGCACUAAGCACAGUGCACAGUGGAAGUCCUGUGUACUUACACUGCACCGUCAAUACAAUUCCCUACAUGCACCAGCAAUCUACAUGGCAGUAAACAUGAUAGUUAGAGUUUUUGCCUGUAAAAAAAUCUCUGACAGAUAAGCGCACAAAGUUUUACUGUAAUUAUUGUAUUGAUUUUUCUGAGGGGGGUGUGUGUGUGUGGGGGGG